UUGAGAUCUGGAGGGGGUUCCGGCGAGGCAGGGCUCAGCGAGGACGUGUUAGGAAACAACUAAGAUGGAGAAUUGCCCUCGUAGAUUCAGUGCCAUUGGAAAUUAUUUGCCGAAUCCACUCCUGAUACAAAAAUCAAGAUUUUGUCAGGCUGGUGAUUUUCCAUCUCCUGGAACUGCAGUCAUAUGUCCUGAACCUCGUCGUGCUAUUGGUGUUGCUUGUGUCAUUGACAAGCUUGACAGAUUCAGUUCCAAGUCAAAUGGCAUGUUGCCGGUGCACAAAGGGGACGAUAGUCAAGAGAUCUUGGAUAUUAUACUGAGCAAGGAUGACUAUGUAGGUGAUUCAGAUGCAAGCAACCAAGUGGAAUUCUUCUCUGGCUCACCUCCUGCACGCACAAAUAACCCUAUUGUCCGUGAUGCACAGUUUAUUAACCAGACGGUGCCAUUAACUACUUGGCACACCAUCAUGGAAUAAGGCCUUCAGCGAAGGUGGAAAGAGGCUCCCCAUCGUGUGGAUCUUCAUUUGGAGGGAGCCCCAAAGUGAGAAUAGAAGGUUUUACCUGCUCUGCGUUCGCCUGACCUCAAAGGUCCUGAAACUGUGAGAGACUGCUAUUGUAAAUUUUCCCCUCACCAAGCAUGGGGGGCAUUAAAGCCCCCCAUGCAUAUCUUUCUUCACCUGUUAGCUGUUCAAAGCGUUCGUCCCUAAAUCUUUACGUAUCAGUGGUCAUUGCAGGGAGUUAAUGUUCCCAGUAGGAUGUACAGAAGCUUCCUCCUUUGUUGUUUUAAGCCAAAUGAAACUCUUCAUAGAAUGUAAAUAUGUACAGAGAAACAAAGACUAUCUUUUUUAUUUUAUUUUUGUACAAUCCAAGCAUCAUUGGAGUU